CCCACCGGGUCUCAGCAUCCUCUCCAGUCCUGGGGUGCCACGUGUUCAGGCCCGCUCGUCCUUCCAGCCCCGCCCAGAUGAACCCCUCUUUCGACACAGAACUCCCCCCGGCCCAGAGGGAGGGGCGGAAUGUUUGCACGUGGGUCUGGCUGUGAUCUGGCCAGGAACCUGUAUGCCGGCAGCCGGAUGCCCGGGCCCAUUGGGCCGGCCCGUGGCCGCCUGCGGGAUGAGCAGGCUGCUGGGGGGGACGCUGGAGCGCGUCUGCAAGGCCGUGCUCCUGCUCUGUUUGCUGCACUUCCUUGUGGCCGUCAUCCUCUACUUCGACGUCUACGCCCAGCACCUGGCCUUCUUCAGCCGCUUCGGUGCCCGAGGCCCCGCCCGUGCCCUCCACCCAGCUGCCGGUGGCAGCGCCAACUGCUCCCGGCCCAACACCACUGCCCCCAGCUCCGGGCUCCCCGAGGCCCCCAGUGCCAGGCCUGGCCCCACGGCUCCCGUCCUGCCACCCUGUCCUGACUCGCCGCCGGGCCUCGUGGGCCGCCUCUUGAUAGAGUUCACCUCGCCCAUGCCUCUGGAGCGGGUGCAGAGGGAGAACCCGGGCGUGCUCCUGGGGGGCCGCUAUGCACCGCCCGACUGCGCGCCAGCCCAGACGGUGGCGGUCAUCAUCCCUUUCCGGCACCGGGAGCACCACCUGCGCUACUGGCUCCACUACCUGCACCCCAUCCUGAGGCGGCAGCGGCUGCGCUACGGCGUCUACGUCAUCAACCAGCACGGUGAGGACACCUUCAACAGGGCCAAGCUGCUCAACGUGGGCUUCCUGGAGGCACUGAAGGAGGACGUCUCCUAUGACUGCUUCAUCUUCAGCGAUGUGGACCUGGUCCCCAUGGACGACCGCAACCUCUACCGCUGCGGUGACCAGCCUCGCCACUUUGCCAUUGCCAUGGACAAAUUUGGCUUCCGGCUGCCCUAUGCCGGCUACUUUGGAGGCGUGUCCGGCCUGAGUAAGGCCCAGUUUUUGAGAAUCAAUGGCUUCCCCAACGAGUACUGGGGCUGGGGUGGUGAGGAUGACGACAUCUUCAAUCGGAUCUCCCUGACUGGGAUGAAGAUCUCACGCCCAGACAUCCGAAUAGGCCGCUACCGCAUGAUCAAGCACGAUCGGGACAAGCAUAACGAGCCCAACCCUCAGAGGUUCACCAAGAUUCAAAAUACGAAGCUGACCAUGAAACGGGAUGGCAUCGGAUCUGUGCGCUACCAGGUCUUGGAAGUGUCUCGGCAGCCACUUUUUACCAACAUCACCGUGGACAUUGGGCGACCCCCAUCAUGGCCACCUCGGGGCUGACACCCACGGACGGAGGCUCCCUACAAUACUGAGGAUGGUCAGAAGACUUAACCUCCAGCCCGGCUGGUGGCUGAGAGGGUGGCUGGGGGAGCCUCCAGGACUGAGACUGCAGGCCCUGUUUUUUGAAGGGCUUCAGCAGGCCCCCCCACCCCACCCCAGCUGCACCUGGAAGUUUCAGAACCCACUUUGGGAGACUUCCAGCCUAGGCUGGCCCCUCUAGUGUGGCCCUUUCUGGGGUCAACCCCCCUCUCCUGACCCACCAUCCCAGCCUAACCCCCCUCACUGUCAGGGUCGGGCCAGCCCCUGCACUGCCUCCUUGAGUGGCCUGGGCUAGGUCACUCCACCUCUCUGUGCCUCAGUUUCCCCCUCCCCCAUUGAGUCCCCUAGGGCCUGGAAGGGUGGGAGGUUUGACUAGGGGGCAGUAUCUCUUCCAGGGGGCAUCCUCAGACCGGGGGACCACCACCCCCAUGCUCCCAGGGGAGGGGAAACUUUUUUCAUUCAACAUAGUAGGGGGCACACUUUGGUAAACCCUCUGCUGAGGAGCAGCCCCAAGAGGGGACCAGAGGGGUGCGUGCGGUGUUGUUGCCUGGGCUCUUGAGGUUGGGCUUUGCAUGCAGGUCAGUGGGGCCUGGGAUCAGUUGGGCAUCCUGUUCCUGCCUCCCUGUCUGCGGAGGCCGCAGCCCCAGGGCCGGCUCGUGUUUGUACAUUGCACAGAAACUUGUGUGGGUGCUUUAGUAAAAAACGUGAAUGGA